AUGGGAGCACGGCAGAGUUGUACCAAGGCCUGCAGCAACUGUGCCGCGGACUGCACGCGGCCGGGGCAAGGCUAUGGCGAUGACUUCGACGACGAUCGGCCUGGUGGUGACCCCGCAGGAGCCACUUUCGAGGAGACCUUGGAGGACCUGAACAGUUUGGAUCGGCACUUGAUGCUGUUUUGCGCCUCGUCGAACCUGGCGGCGGUGCGGUGGCUGAUGCAAUUAGGCGCCAGGUGGGAUGCCUGCGAUGCAAACAGCACGACCUGCCUCCACGUCGCUUGCCGCUCGGGAACGCUGUCCAUCGUCAAGGAAAUGAUGGAGCACAGGCAGUUACUCGAGGCGGUGGACAUGGCUGGCUGGACCCCUUUGCACAUCGCGGUUCACGUCGGCCGCCGUGAGGUUGUGAUCCGGCUGCUGCAGGCGGGAGCGAAGCUGAAUCAGAGGAACAGCAAGGGUCAGGUGCCCUCCGAGCUCUGUGCAGACAAUGGGACCUACGAGGCCAUCCGCUCAUACGAGAUUCAUCAGCAGCAAGGCGCCGGUCAGGCAUGGGAUUUUCCCCUGGAUGCGCAUCAGAACGAGGACAUUGUCGGAAGCCGGCUUCAAUAUGAGCCCUUCUUCGUUCCGCGGCAACCGGUCAUCAGAUCCCAGCAGUUCAAGAAGGAGUUCCAGCGCAUAGGGACCUUGAUCUUUAACCGGCAGCCCGGCUUCGGGCUUGCCUUCCUGGUGGCCAGCGGCGUAGCUCGGGACUACCCGGUUGACAUGUCCACCUUCUUGCGCAGGAGCAAGGUCGAUAUCAAGCAGGUCGGCAACUUCCUCGGGGAGGCCUUCUCGCUCUCUCAUACGAUUCGGCUGGAGUUUUUGAAUUCGGUGGUGCUGCAGAACACGGGUGUGGUCUCUGCGCUGAUCCAGGUCUUCCAUAUGCUCCAGCUGCCCGACGACCUGCAGAAGAUCAAUCGCCUGGUGCAUGGCGUCGCGAGGAUAUGGUGGAGGCAACACGAGCGCAUGCAGCGUGAAAGCUCUGGCGCCGUGGCGCCCCGAAAGCCACCCGCCAUGGAGAAUGGCGCCCUUCAGCUCAGUCUCUCCCAGGAGCUGAAUGGCCUGGAGCUGAAACAAUACCUCUCCGGCUCGGAUGUCUUGCACCAGCUCAUGUUCUCCACCGUCAUGCUCCAUUGGUACCUCUACAGGGACGGCCCCAGUGGGCAGAAGAAGGACAUGGACUUUGACACGUGGCAGCGGCAAAACCGCGGCAUUGAGACCAACGGCACGAACGUGCCGGACCACGUGCAGCAGCAGGUCUAUGCAUUGGUGAACAAGGCUUUUAUCCCGGAGCUGGCCGUCGCCUCGGCGCAAAAGAAGCCGGAGGGGGGGCCAGACGAGGGAGGUGGCCCUGGAGAAGUUGCACCCGAAAGGCCAACGGCGCCAUUGCUUGCCCCCUUUGCAGCUGCAGAAGGGUGGGCUCAGAUCGUCGGAGGCGGCUUCCCGAAGCCCAGUGGUGCGGCGGGCGUGCAAACAGUCACGUACUCGCACGUUUCCAGCAUCUUCAGCGAGGUGACUCAAGGCACCUCAGGCCUGGUGCGCAGCCCCCUGGCUGCCAGCACCACCGACGUGAGCAAGCGCACACCUACGGGAGUCGAGGCGGUGCCUGGCACGAGGAUGGUCAAGCGCGACGACUUCGCCUGGCUGUCUGUCGUCUACACGCUCCUCUUUUUCGCUGCCCACCCUCAAACCGGAGCCCCGUACGCCUUCAUCGAGCUGCGGAAAGUCAGCAUCUCGCAGAUGGACGAAGGCAAUCAGGAGCUCACGCUGGUGGGCGUCGCAGACCCCGAGGACCCGGAUGCAGACUUCGUCGCUGGCGGUGCGGCGCCUUCCCGGCGCAGCCGACCCGGGGAGCCUGGAAGCGGGUCGGCACCGGUCGGCAUCGUCCUCCUUCUUCCGGAUGGCCGCUGGCAGGAGAUGAGCAUGCCCAAGCUUGAUCUCCGCUUCCCCUCGGCUGAGAGCCUGAAGAUGUGGUCCAAUCAGAUCAUGGCUGGAAGCCAAGGACGCACAAGCCGACCUUCUACCGGAUCGGUCUCCGCGCUGCAUCGAAUACAGGCUACGUGA